AUGAACCCUAGAUCAAAACCCGAUUCGGCGACGGUGUUGUCCUCCUAUCCAGAUUCCGGUGGCCUUGGGUGUGGCUAUGUGAUGAAUAGAUGGGGCUCCGCGGUGGGUUCGGUAUCAAUGGCGCUUGGAGAUGUUAAAAAGGCUUACGAUCUUUUGGAAUCCACACCAGAUGCUUUCAUGCUGCAACAAUUUUCCAAUCCAGCCAAUACUCAGGUGCAUUUUGAAACAACAGGUCCGGAGAUAUGGGAGGAUACAAACGGACAAGUGGACAUUUUUGUUAUGGGAAUAGGUAGCGGUGGCACAGUUUCUGGGGUUGGACAAUAUCUUAAAUCCCGAAACCCCAACGUUAAGAUAUACGGAGUAGAGCCAUCUGAAAGUAAUGUGCUCAAUGGUGGUAAAUCAGGUCCUCAUCAUAUAACUGGAAAUGGUGUUGGAUUCAAACCAGACAUAUUGGACAUGGAUGUAAUGGACAAAGUUCUUGAAGUUAGCAGUGAAGAUGCAGUUAACAUGGCUAGGACAUUAGCCUUGAAAGAAGGACUCAUGCAAUGUAUCAAUGAAGAUGUUGAAAAGGACGAUAUAAAUGAUGAAAUUCAAGAGGACGACAUAAAUGAUAAAAUUCAAGAGGACGACCUAAAUGAUAAAAUUCAAGAGGACGACGUAGAUGACGAAUUUCAAGAGGACGACAUAGAUCUAUAUGAUGAAUUUAAAGAGGAGGAUAUAGAUGGUGAAUUUCAAGAGGACGACGUAGAUGAAGAAUUUAUGGAGGAUGACAUAUUUAACGAAUUUCAAUAG